AUGGCGUGGUACAAGCAGAAUAAAACCAAAUCUUCGUUUCAAGAAGUUCCUGAAAUCAGAAAUAAUAAUUGGAUGAAUGUCGGCGAUACGUUCAAAGAAAUGCAUGACAUCUUGACAUCUCCAAGUGAAAGUAUUACUGCUAUCUCUAAUUUAAAUCCUGGAAUAUUGAGACCGGGUACAAUGAAUGAGUACCAUGGUGAUAAUGAAUCAUAUUAUAUGAAGUUAAGUUCAGUGCCAGUGAAGAGGCAUAAUGAUUACUAUACAAUAUUUGAUAUUCAUGCGCAUGGGUCUAAUCUGAAAGAUCGUUUCAUAUCUGUCUUAGCAGUUGUCAAACAGGUUGGAAGCAUCAGGGAGUGCAUGACAAAGGCAGGCAAGAGCAUGAGAAGAUGUGAAGUGAAGAGACCGCAAUUAAUUUCUGGUUAA